GGGCGACGACAAGCCCCUGUGGGACGUCCACCUCCUGAUGGCCCACCAGUGCAUGGUGUUAUGGAUCCACCACGCACUUGGCGACGGGAUCUCACUGGUUUCGUCUUUCCCAGUAGGGUCCCAACAGGUGGACGACCCCGAGGCGCUGCCGACGAUCGGUACUCUGUCGUCAGCGUGAGGAGGAGUGGCGGUGGCGGCAAAUGGUGGAAGGCGGUAGUGAGGGUGUUGGAGGUGGUGUGGUUCACGGUGGUUUUUGUAGUGGAGUUCGUGCUGAGGAUCAUGUGGGUGAGCGAUCGGAGGAUGCUGGUGAGCGACGACGCAGGGGUGGAACUCUGGCCGAGGAAGCUGGCCAUGGCGAGGUUUCGGCUGGAGGACAUGAAAGUGGUCAAGUCAGCGGUCGCUAAUGCGACCAUUAAUGAUGUUCUCUUUGGGAUCAUAUCAGCCGGCUUGUUCAAAUACUUGGAUCACCGAUCUCCCAAUGGUAAAAAGGGAAUAGCAUUUCCGACAAUCCACUCGAUUUUUUUGAUUGAAUUGAAGUGUGGGUUUGGUAUUAAUCAAGAACUAUCCAAUUUGAUCAAAGGCAACCUGGGACUGCGGUGGGGCAACAAGUUCGGGAUUCUCCUCCUCCCCGUUCAUUACCGCAGAAGCUCUGGCGACCCUCUUGAAUACCUGAGAAAAGCUAAGUCCAUGAUCGGCCGGAAGAAGAAGUCCCUGGAGGCUCACUUCUCCUACAUAAUCGGGGAUAUCGUCAUGACUUAUCUAGGAGCACGUAUCGCGAGCCUGCUCAACUACAGGAUCAUCUGCAACACCUCCUUCACUAUCAUGAACGAGCUCGGCCCGCGAGAGGAGAUCGCGGUCAUGGGCAACCCCAUCACGUACGUACGGGUGAACUCCUCGAGUUUACCUCACGCGCUCACGAUUCACAUGGUGAGCUAUGCGGGGAGGGCGGACAUGCAGAUUCUGGUGGUCAAGGACAUCAUCCCCGACCCUGAUUUUCUGGCAAAGUGCUUUGAGGAUGCUUUGCCCGAACAUGUCGGAUACGCUAUCUGA